AUGACCACACAGAUCAAAAACUUCAUUUACCAUAAAGCAAAGAAGACCAGACUAGGGGUAGAGACAUACAAAAACAUAUGGCCUUUCAACUCAAAACGACUUAAUCCAGAAGCUAUAAAGUGUGUUAAAGCUUCCAAAAAGAAGCAGAGGUUCGCACAUGGUCGAAUCUGCAGUCAUGUUGGUACGCUUCUCCAACUCCAUCUCCGCUAGACCGCUGAAAUUAAACAACUAACAUACUCUAGGCGUAAACAGGACAUGA